AUGGAAGACAGUAAUCGAAACUGUCUUCCUGAAGAAGUCACAUUGAAUAUAUUUUCUAGGUUACCUGUUGAGACUGUAUUAGAUUGUAAACUUGUAUAUAAGGCUUGGAGAAAUCUCAUACGUCUUCAUGGUAAUACCAAUUACUUUGCUUAUCAACAUCUGGAGCGACGACACCCUGCUGAACCUAAUCAUGGUGAUGGUUCUGAUUGUGCACCGAUGAGUUUUGUUUUCUUUGAUUGUUCUGCUGAACCUAAUCAAGGACCUCAAGAGCUAUAUUAUGCUGAGUAUCAGGAGGACAAUGAGAUUAGUGAUCCUAAAUUCAGCAUAAAGAAGAUCAAGAUUAACUUCGAUUUUCAGCAAGACAUAUUUGGAAUUGUUGGUUCGUGUAACGGAGUGAUUUGUUUAUCAGUAUGCACAAAGUUCAAAACCCAUGCCUCGAGAUCCCUAAACCCUGGAGACGGACCCAGAGAACCUUUAUACAUAUGUAACCCCAUUACCAGAGAAAUUUUGAAUCUUCCAGGGUUGUCAAUCCCCCAUGAGAAACAAAUUAAAGGAGUUCGCAUCGCUCACGGAUUCGGUUAUCACCCUCUAACUAAUGAGUACAAGGUUGUUAGAAUCUGCUAUAUCGGAGACCUAGAUAAACCUUCGAAAGGACAGGUUGAGGUGUAUACACUUGGGAGUGGCAAGGGUUGGCGACAUAUAUGUGAAACUAGUUAUAAUUUAUGCUCCUAUAGUACAUAUUCAGGAACUCCCUCGGGGGUAUUAUUUAAUGGCGCUCUUCAUUGGCUUCACAUGGGAUCUGACGGGAUCAUGGAGAUGCUGGCCUUUGAUUUGCAUAGGGAGAAUUUCGAUGUUCUUCCUACGCCAGAAAGUCGGUUUGAACAAUAUUACCGCACGUCUAGACUUCGGAUUAUUAGAGGAAGGUUGUGUCAUGUUUCUCAACAUUUCGAGCGGGUAGGCUCGUGGGGAGUAAGUCGGGUAUUGGACUUGUGGUUUUUAAAGAACAAUAACAAGGAAAUGACCAGUAGCAGUACUUACCCAAAAGAGCAAUAUGAAUACAAGUACUCUUGGUUAACUGGGUGUAGCCACUGGGCACCAAAUAUGUUAUUUGCUUGUACGAGUAAAGGGGAAGCCUUAAUGGCGAAACAUGGAAAAGUCUAUCGUCUGAAGAACAGAGGAAAAAGAAUUCCUGAGAGAAAAAGACGUCCUAUAAGAACUUGGGAAAUUAAUAAAAACAAUCAGAAGAGUUGUGUGGAACCAAUACCACACAUAAACAGCUUUGUUUCAUUGAAAGCAUUGGGAGAAAGAAGCGCAAAGAUAUUUGAAGAAUCUCCAGAUGGCGACCAUAUGCUUAUAUCUUCUGGACGAGCGACAAAGAGAUUUAAUAAAUCAGCAGCAGCAACCUCUCUCUGA